AUGGUCGUUUGCCUGAACUGCGGCAAGCGGCCCGAGUUUCGGUGCGCAGGUUGCGGCGUCGCAAGAUUUUGCUGCCAGGCCUGUCAGCGUGCUUGCUGGAAAGGACACCGCCCGCACUGUGGCAGCGUGCCAGACCUGACAGCCAAGGACCUGGUGGAGAAUGUGCCUGAG